AUGUGUGGGGGCCGGCUCGGCCAGGAGCGGGGCGCCUAUCUCUUUGAAACGCAGUCCAGCUGCCGCUGCUCGCCGCACGGCUGGCGGUACCUGCCGCCCGCAGCGGCCAGGCCGCUGGCCAACGGCGGCGGCGGGGGUGGCAACACGACAUUCUUCGGCUGUGCGGACCCCGGCAACAGGCUGCUGACGGCGGGGGCGUGGUGCCCCGUGGACCCGCGGGAGUGUCACUCGUACUAUGGUGCUUACGUCACCGCGCGCAACGCGUCGGUGGUUUACUAUGAUUACUGUGGGGAGGUGCGUGAGCGCACCGUUGGCGGCUGCCUGUGCCAGGGCGAGUGGCGGGACGCCGGUGGGGCGCUCCACGCCAAUGGCUCGUGCGCGGCCGCGCCGGGGGCGCCCGGAAAUUACACUGGCCCCUGGUGCCCCGUCGACCGCGCAACCUGCACAGCAGAGAUCCCGAAAACUUUGGACUUCCGCGAGCGCGACUGGGACCGCUGCGCGGAUCCCUCCGCCGCUGAGUCAGCAUCCGCUGAGUCACCAGCAGAUUCAGGGGCUGCCGCCACUGACGCAAUCGACGCAAUCGACGCAGCCGACGCAGCCGCUGCUCCUGAGGCAGCAGCAGCAGUAGCAGCUGGCACUCAGCUGCCAAACGGCGGCGCCGCCGGCGGCGACGGCCUGCCCAACGGCGGCUUUGCGCCGCGCGGCAACGGCCCACAGCUGCCGCAGCAGGUCAGCGAGACAGCCAACACGCCGCCAAGCCCGGCCGCUCCCAAGGCCAAAGCGCCGGCGAUCGGCAACGGCCCCGCGGCGCCGCCGGCUCCGCCGCCCCCAAAGCCGCAGCCGGCGUCAACAGGAGUGAUCGUCGGCGCCGCUGUUGGCGGUGCUGCCGCACUCGCUCUGCUGCUUUGCGGCACCGUGCUGCUCGCCCGCCGCCGCCGCCGCCGCCGCCGCCGCGCCGAUGCCCACGCAGGGGCUGUCAAGGCGGCGGCGGACGGCGGCCCGUCCUACGAUGAGGAAGGGGGCCGGGAUGAUUACGGGCCAGAUCAAGAUCACCGUGAUCUGGGGCUCGACGAUCUGAACAUGUUUGCGGCCCACAGCGCCGACAGCGGCGGCCGCGGCUCGGGCUCGCGGCCCGUGCUGCCGCGGGCGGGCCCGUCUGGAGGGGGCAGCAGCGCGGCGUCGUCGUCCCUUGAGCGCCCCUUUCUCAGCGCCACCAGCCAGGGCGGCGCCGGGAGGAGCGGCGCCAGCGCCAGCAGCGCCAGGAGCGGCCCCAGCAGCGCAAGCAGGGGCGGCGGCGUCGUGGGUGCCACCAGUGGACAUCCGCCGCCGCCGGGCGUGCUUGCCGCGCUGUCAAAGGCGCUCGCGGGCGCCGGCGGCCGGGCCGGCGCCGCCGCGGGCGCAUCCCAUGCGUCGUUGCCGGCGGAGUUGGAGGCUGGCGGACGCAGUGUGGCAUCUUCAACCGCCGCCGCCGUUGCAAUGGCCGAGGCCGGGGCAUCCGCAAUAUCCGACCCCGGGCCGCCGGCGCCGCCCGGCGGCCCUCAGGCGGCACGCGUGAUGCUGCGCGCGACGACGAGCGCCCUCGGCCUGUCGAUGCCGUCAUGGCUAGCGUCCAGCACGGGCGGCCGUGGCGGCGCGACGGGGGCGGAUGACGGGGCAGGGCGGGCGGGCGGCGGCGGGGGCGAGAGCGUUGAUGUGACGGAGUGCAGGCGGCGGGUGCAUGCGUUCAUUGGCAUCGAGGAGCCAACCGGCCCCGUAUCCUCUGGCACGGGCGGGGGCCGCGUCACGCUGUGGGUGCUGCCGGCCGCGGACGCCGACGCGCCAGAGGAGGCGGGGGGCCUUGCACGCGCCAGCUCAGCGCGGAGCGCAGACAUGAGGAUCGUGAUGCCGACCGACCCCAUCCGCGCUGACGUGGACAUGCACCUGGACCUGCGCCGUGACGUUGCCUUCCCGGCCGCCCCGCGCUCCUUCCUGGGCGCCGGCGCCUUUGGACAGGCGAUUUUGGCGCGCAUCCCGAUCCACCCCAACAUCGUCACCGUGUGGGGCGGCUGCACGACGCCGCCGGUCGUCUUCAUUGUCGAGGAGUUAAUGGAGUCAAACCUGUCAGACCUGAUCCACGGCCCCAGGCGCGGCAGCCCGGCCGGGACCGACGGUGCCCAGCAAGGCGGCCCCCGCGGCCGCCGCGCCGCCGCGCAGCCGAUGCCGCUGCGGCGCGCGCUGGAGGUCGCCGCUGAUGUGGCGGCGGGGCUGGCGCUGCUGCAUCCCACCAUCGUCCACAGGGACCUGAAGCCCCAGAACAUCCUGCUGGACGCCCGCGGCGUUGCCAAGAUUGCAGACUUUGGCAUCAGCCGCCUCAAGGCGCGCACAUACAUAACGACAGCCGGCGGCGGCGCCGGCACUCUGCACUACAUGGCCCCCGAGUGCUUCUCCUCGAUGAUGGGGGCCGCCACAGGCGGCGCUCUGGGGCUGGGGGCGCUGCCGCAGGAUACGCAGCACAUGGUGUCAGAGAAGGCUGACAUCUACAGCCUGGGUAUCAUGAUGUGGGAGUGCGUCACCGGCCUGCCGCCCUGGACAGAGUACGGCCAUCCCAUGGCCAUCGCCUACAACGUGGCCAACCGCGGCGCGCGUCCCGCCUGGCCAAAGCCCUGCGACGUGCCCCUGGCUGUGCGCCGCCUGGUGGAGUCCUGCUGGGCGCAGAGUCCCAAGGCGCGGCCCAGUGCCGGGGACCUGCUGCAGAAGUUGGUGGUCCUGUUGAAGCAACUGGACUGA